AUGGAUUGCGACGAGUUCCGCAGCCGCGGCAAAGAGAUGGUCGAGUACAUCUGCAGCUACAUGCAGAACCUGGAAAGUAGGCGCGUCACCCCCAACAUCGAGCCUGGGUACCUCCGCAAGCUCAUCCCCGAGCAGGCGCCCGAUGCGCCUGAGGCCUGGGAGCACAUCAUGGAGGACGUGGAGAAGAAGAUCAUGCCGGGCGUGACGCAUUGGCAGCAUCCCAGGUUCCACGCUUACUUUCCGAGUGGGAACUCCUACCCUUCUAUUCUGGGGGACAUGCUGGCCGCUGGGGUGGGGUGCAUUGGGUUCUCGUGGGCAUCAAGCCCUGCUCUGACUGAACUGGAAACUAUUGUUUUAGAUUGGCUAGGUAAAGCUAUUGGUCUACCAGAUCAAUUUCUUGCUUUCAAAGAAGGCAGUAGAGGCGGCGGAGUUAUUCAGACCUCUGCCAGCGAGUGCGUGCUUGUGUCGAUGCUGGCCGCCAGAGCGCAGGCGCUCAAAAGGCUCAAGCACCAGCACCCCUUCGUGGAGGAGGGCCUGCUGCUGUCCAAGCUCAUGGCCUACUGUUCCAGAGAGGCCCACUCGUGCGUCGAGAAGGCCGCCAUGAUUUGCUUCGUGAAGCUGAGGAUCCUGGAGCCAGACGAGAAGUCUUCGUUGAGAGGGAAGACGCUGAUGAUGGCAAUGGAGGAGGAUGAAACGAUGGGCCUCAUCCCAUUUUUCGUCUCCACCACUCUGGGCACAACUUCCUGUUGUUCUUUCGACAAUCUGACGGAGAUAGGCCAAGUCUGCAACAAGUUUCCUUGCGUCUGGCUUCACGUAGAUGGCGCUUAUGCGGGGAACGCUUUCAUUUGUCCGGAGCUGAAGUACUUGCUGUCCGGGAUAGAAUACGCGGAUUCGUUCAAUACCAAUCCGAAUAAGUGGCUCCUGACCAAUUUUGAUUGCUCCACAUAUUGGGUACGCGACCGUAUCCGUCUUACCUCCGCCCUGGUGGUAGACCCGCUUUACCUCCAGCACGGCUACUCAGACGCCACCAUCGACUACCGCCAUUGGGGGGUUCCCCUAAGCAGGCGCUUCAGGUCGCUGAAACUGUGGUUCGUGCUGCGCAGCUACGGGAUAUCCGGGCUGCAGAAGUACAUCCGGAACCACAUCAGGCUGGCCAAGAAGUUCGAGGGUCUGGUUCUGAAGGACAGGCGGUUCGAAAUCUGCAACGAAGUCAAGUUGGCUUUGGUGUGCUUUCGACUCAAGGGAUCCGACAAGCUUAAUGAAAAGUUGCUGAGCAACAUCAACGCAUCCGGAAAGCUGCACAUGGUACCUUCUAACGUCAACGAUAAAUACGUCAUUAGAUUUUGCGUGGUGGCCGCAAAUGCCGAAGAAGCUGAUGUAGAUCAUGCUUGGGAAGUAAUUAGAGAUUUCGCUGAUGAAUUGCUGGAAGUUAAUAUUGCCGAGAAAGAAGCAGAGCUUCACGACGAGGUGUUCGACUUGCUGGAGCGGAAGAAAAAGGAGACGCUGGCGCACAAGCGCAGCUUCUUCGUGCGUAUGGUGAGUGACCCGAAGAUCUACAACCCGUCCAUCGCCAAGUCGACCCCGUCCACGAGACGGCAUCUCACCGAACAGAUAGACUCGCCCGGGUCGCCUGACGGAAACGUCACCGUCCAACCGCCGCUAAGCGCAUCUUGGAUCAGUUGGCCUUUAGCUUUCUUAUUCCAAGGGAUAACAGAGGAUGGAACCACUAGUGAUCUUCCAAUAAGAUUUCGGCAUUUGGACACAAAGGUUCGCCUCAAGGCCUCCGGAAAAGGGAAUAAUUCUCCAUCUCCUGAUGCAUCAGACAGCAGCAGAUCUCCCAAACGAACGCCAGCUUCUUCGAGAAGAACCUCUCCCAAUAAUGAGACCCGUCAGAAGUAG